AUGACAAGUACCAACAAGAGUCAGUAUUCAGAUAUACAUUUAGCCUCUACUGAAAUUAAUGAUAAAGGUUUAGAGACCCUGGGAAACUGUUGCCCAUCCAUAAAGAGGGUUAACCUCUCACGUUGUCACUCAAUUACUGAUUCAGGAAUAACUUUUCUCUGUCGAGAACUAGAUUCACUUUGGAUUGGUUCCUGCAGCAAAAUAACUGGUAUCGGAUUUCUUGAGUGUCCAAACACCUUAACCCGUCUUGGAGCUGGUGGGUGCGAACUUACACCAGAGGGGGUUAAAGCAAUAGUUAGCGAUGGUGGGCUUACUAUUCUACAUCUCUCGCCUGACGAUUUUGGGAAAGGAUGGGUUAAUACUGAAUCAGUUAUGACGAUUUCAAAAGGUUGCUCUUCAUUAGAGUGUUUCAACCUAUCGAAUUGUAAGAAGGUAGGGCGUGGGGGAUGGGAAGCUAUCGGUCAGCACUGCAAAAAUUUGAAAAUCCUUCACGUGUCUGGAUGCAGAAAGCUAUGUGAUCUAGGGUUGCAGGCUUUGCGUAAUGGGUGUAACAAGCUUGACAAGUUAAUUGUAGACGAUGACAAUAGUUGUAGCAGCUUUGCUCUUAAGCUUUUCAAGCGCGAAAAACCUGGUGUGAUGUGUAGUUCUGAUGAAUAUUUGUUGGAAACUUGGAGAAUGAUAAUAAAAUAA